GCCAUAAGUUGGAAAGAACUUGAAGGCAUACAACAACAACAACAACAAAAUAACUAUAUAAUAAUAACAAUAGGUGCAUCUUCAUGCAGAAACAAUGCAGUUUGGCACUGAUUUAAAUGCCGUGGCUCAAUGGAAUGGAGCCCUGGGGUUUGUAUCAGAGAGCACUCAUGCCACCGUAAACUACAAAUCCCAGGAUUCCAUACCAUUGAGCCAUGGCAGUUAAAGCACUGUCAAACUGGAUCUUUUUUCUGCAGUGUAGAUGAUGCUACAAAUCUACCCUCUUUUUCUGUUUUCACCCGAAACAACGCAUUUUUAAAAGACGGAAGAAAAAUGUUGGCUUGUUACCAUUACAAAUUUGUUGUUUAUCCUCCCCUAAAGGAUACAGAGAAGGCAAAAUGCAAAAUACAAAUCACAAAAUGUGUGCCUUUAGCAUGCCUAACUCAUACACAGUGCGCUUUGAAUUGUUGUAAAAUAAAGAGCAAAUGCCCAGCGGAUAGGAACAAGGAACUGGCCAGAAAUUUGGUUUCUUAUGAAAUCCAGUUUCCUAUGUUGUUUCAAACGCUAAAAUGUCUUGUUUUGCUUGUUCUGGGUUCCCUGUUACUUCAGACCAAAAAGAGCAGCAACAGCAAAGUCUUUACUCUGAUCCAUAAUACAGAUGCUGAAUACUAACACACUUUCUCUAUCGAUGCAACACAACACGACACAAUGACCUCUGACUCCUCCUUAAUGGCCUCCUUGUUUGCCAUUCUCUGGAUUGUCACCAUUGUGUUUUCAAAGGAAGAUUGGAGGAAGAAAUGGAUGCUUUCUUUUCUUCAACCUAUUAUAAAAAUGUGUGUGUGUGUAUUGGGGGGAUCUGCACAAUCCCUGCAAACAUGUGCUGUAUGGGAUUUGUGCGUGUUUUGAUCACAUAACCCAGCGUACAUUUGGAGUGUGCCGUCUUUUGUGCCGCACAGAAGCUCUGACCACCCAUUGUGUAAUACAAACUGCUCUAAACAAACUGUUGACCCAUUAAAAAGUAGUCCACUUAAGCAUCUUCCUUGUUUUUAAAGAGUACCCAUGGAGAGCAGUGUGUGUGUCUGUGUGCGAGAGAGAAAGAGAAUGGGUGGGUGGCUUUUUAGUUUGUAUCCUCACUGCAGAAAUAAUCCAGUUUGACACCGCUUUAAAUGCUCCUGACUUACUUCUUUCACUGAGUCUCAAAGGUGCUACAAGAUCCCUUUGCUCAUUGGUUUUGCAAAACUCAUGCACCCAACUUCUUUCUUUCAGUGAGUCUCAAAGUGUGCCACAAGAUCCAAAUUUUCCUAACCAAUCCAUCUUUGCAGUCUUUAAAAGUGUGCCACAAGAUGCCUUUGCAUACAAAUUUUCCUAACCAACCCAUCUUUGCAAUCUCUCAAAGUGUGCCACAAGACCCUUUGCACAUUGGUUUUCCAAAACUCAUACUCCUGGCAUCUUUCAGUGCGUCUCAAAAGGUGCCACAAGAUCCCUUUGCAUACAAUUUUUCUGAAGCUCAUCCAGCUUUUUUCUUUCAGUAGGUCUCAAAGGUGCUACAAGAUCCCUUUGCACAUUGAUUUUCCAAUGCUCAUGCUCCCGGCUUCUUUCUUUCAGCUCUUCUUUAUUUUGCAACCUGUGGAUUUUCGUUGCAUCCUGCCCUCAGUGUGAAAUUUUGCAGGCCUCCAAGCCAAGGGUGUCAGCUUUGAGCCGAGGCCUUUCUCUAGAUCAGAUCCUCCUCCCCAACCCUCAAAACACACCCACCUACCCACCCACCCACCCACCUACCCAUGGCUUUUGGGUAACAGAUUUCUCUAAGGCUCUGGGAGGCUCCGGAACCACAUCCCAUCAUGAGCUAGGGGAGAAGGCCUGCCUUCCCCCCUGCUUUUCUGCCAUGAGAGAGUGAUGGAUCAGAACACCUUCUCCUCCCACAUCCAGCUAUGGUGCCCCCGUCCCUUUGGCACCUACUCCCAGAACAAGCAGUGCACUGGAGGCCAGGUGAAAAAGACCUUUGGGGACUUUGCCUGCAAAGCCAAGGAAGAGGAAGAGGAGGGUGGCGAGGCCUGCUCAGAGAACACCCCCCCUGCCCCACCACCACCUCCACCACCCCCUGCUGUCUCCCCAAGCCCUAGCCAGGUGGAGGAAGGACGGGUGCUUUUGGACACGUGGUACGUGAUCAAGCCGGGCAACACCAAGGAGAAGAUUGCCUUUUUUGUUGCCCACCAGUGCAGCAGCGGGAGCAGGGCAAGUGCCAUGAAGGUGAAAGGGAACUGGGGGAGCGACAGCUCUAAAGCCAAGCGCCGGAGGAGGUCUCAUGAUCCCACCAAAAGCAAGCCUUGCCCGGUCAAGUCAAAGGACAGUGGUGGCAACAAGGAAGCUGAAGAUGUGUGCCUUUGUCCAGAGUCCCAUGCUGACCCGGCUGGCGGAGAUACCACCGACUUGCUGUCGGUUGCUGAGAUGGUGGCCUUGGUGGAGCAGCGGACGGCACUGGCCCUGCAGAACUACUCCAGACCCACCCUGCCUGCCGCCCCUCCUUCCCCCAUGGUUUUUGUGUCCACAGAGCAAGAGCAAGGGGAGGGUGGAGAGAAGAAAGCAUCCCCUUUGGGGGGAGGUUCGGACUGCAGCCGGGUGGCUGAGGCUGUGGCUCACUUUGAGUCCCGGGAGCGGAAUGUCUUGCGCCAAAAUGGCCUCUGCCGGGAGUCUCCCGAGUGUGUGGCCAACUCCCAGCACAGCCCUGGUGAGGUCCGCAUCGCCUUCCGUAUCUCCAGCAGCCGGGACGCCCGCUCACCCACUGAGGGCGGCUCCAGCACCCGCCCCAACUGCAUGUUCAUGAGCUGCGGUGGGUCCCCUACAGGAAGUGCCGCCCGUGCCAAAGACAAGAUCACAUGUGACCUCUACCAACUCAUUAGCCCUUCCCGAGACACCCUACCCAACAAUGUGGACUUCCUGCUGGCAAGUGCCUCCCCUAAAGGGGCCGACGGAUCCGGCAAUGAGCCCCCGGAUGUUGAGAUGACAUGUGGGGAGAGCCAAGGCAGCUCCGGGAAACUGGAUGCUCUUUCAGAAGGUAGCAGGGCUGGUGCCGAGAAGAUGGGAGGCCCGGCUGCCACUGCCACUGUGGCCAGAGAUUGCAUCUCCGGAUUCCACGUGGAUGUGGUGGUCACGGGGGUGGUGGACCAGUGUGUCUUUUUUGGCAAGGACAGCACCAAGAACAUGAAGGAGGAGACGGUCUGCUUGACCGUCAGCUCGCCGACUCAAGAGGUGUUGUGUUCGUCAUGUGAGGACCCUCCGCCAGGGCAACUUUUCUUCCUCCAUGCCCAAACGCCCCGGCCGGAGGACAGUCGGGAUAUAGACAGCAACUACUUGGACCCUGUGAACGGUGGUGAAGGUGGGCUUGACAGGGCCGAUGGGUCCGGGCUGGAGCCGGCAGGUUCGGAUACCUCUCUUUGCCGCCUGUACCGCCACGUCUCGCACGACUUCCUGGAGAUCCGCUUCAAGAUCCAGCGGUUGCUGGAACCCCGUCAGUACAUGCUGCUCCUCCCUGACCAUAUCAUGGUGAAGAUUUUCAGCUACUUGCCCACGCAGUCGCUGGCUGCCUUAAAGUGCUCCUGCCACUAUUUCAAGUACAUCAUUGAGACGUUUGGCGUUCAAGCCACGGACUCCAAGUGGAACCGAGACCCCUUGUACCGGGAUGACCCCUGCAAGCAGUGCAAGAAGCACUACGAGAAGGGGGACGUCUCCCUCUGCCGAUGGCACCCCAAGCCCUAUCAUCACGACCUGCCUUACGGACGCUCCUACUGGAUGUGUUGCCGGCGGACGGACAAGGACACACCGGGCUGCCGGGUGGGACUGCAUGACAACAACUGGGUGCAACCCUGCGACAUGUUACGAGAGAGAGCAGCUCGGAGGGAGGAUGGGAGGUGA